AUGGGAAAGAAACGUGUGAUGGUGCCGGCUGAGGAUGUCGACUUGGCCACCGUCAUGUACGAGCCUGAAGUUAUCCAAGCUCCGCAUUUGACUGGGUUGACAUUUAAGCUGUUUGUAAAGUUACUUGAGACUCCACUUGUUGGUCCUUUGAUUGUAUCACAUUUGAAGAAGGAGAACAAGAUGACUGAGUUGCUGCAUAAUACUGUGAUACCGGAAGCGCCUAUGUAUAGACCUGAAUAUCCUCCUCAAGCUGAUGCUGCUGGUAUUAAUGUGUUUACAGAACCAGAACCUGGAGUUGUCGUUGUGGAUGAAGAUGGAAAACCAGAAGACCGGGUAGAAUCAGCCUUGAACUGUCUUCCUCCUUACAAUGCUGCUAGCUGCUGGAAUGAGGACUUGGCUUCAUCAUUUAGGUAUUGGAAGAUACGCGAUUAUGCACAUGCUUAUCGGUCUAAUAUCAUCACUCCUGCUAUGGUUGCUGAGCGCAUCAUCUCAGUUAUUGAAGAGUUUAACAAAAAGAAGCCCCCAAUGCCAUUGUUGAUUUCUUUUGAUCCUGAAGUAGUCAGGAAGCAAGCUGCAGCUUCUACAAAGAGGUUUGAGGAAGGAAAUCCAAUAUCCAUCUUGGAUGGCAUUUUCAUCGCAAUCAAGGAUGAUAUAGACUUGCAUCCACAUCCAUCCAAGGGUGGGACUACGUGGAUGCAUGAGGUCCGCUCUGUGGAAGAGGAUGCAGUUAGUGUUUCGAGACUGCGUAGCUGUGGUGUGAUAUUUGUAGGAAAGGCAAAUAUGCACGAGUUAGGCAUGGGCACAACUGGGAACAAUCCAAAUUAUGGAACAACAAGAAACCCUCAUGCAGUGGAUAGGUACACUGGCGGAUCUUCCUCAGGCCCAGCAGCAAUCGUAGGCUCUGGUUUAUGCUCUGCUGCCUUGGGAACUGAUGGUGGAGGUUCUGUCCGUGUUCCUUCUUCCCUUUGUGGUGUAGUGGGCUUGAAAACAACAUAUGGUCGGACAGACAUGAGAGGUUCGUUAUGUGACUCUGGGACUGUUGAAAUUAUCGGACCAAUUGCAUCUUCUGUGGAGGAUGUCAUGCUCGUACGUUAUACUUGUAAAGUCAAGACUUGGGCUUGGUUGAUGUUUGAGAUUGGAUUUCUUGAACAGUUGAUUUCAGUGUAUUCAGCAAUUUUGGGCUCCCAUCCUGCAGAUAGGAUCAGCAUGAAUCCGUCCCCUCCUUGUCUGCCGAAGUUGUCAACACAUGAUGGUAUGGAUGCUUUAGCAUCAUUACGACUGGGAAAGUAUACUGCUUGGUUUAAUGAUGUACAUUCUACUGAUGUCUCUGACAAGUGUGAGGAUAUUCUUAACCUUCUGUCGAGAACACAUGGGUGUGAAAUGGUAGAGAUUGUUAUACCUGAGAUGCAAGAGAUGCGCACUGCUCAUCUUGUUUCAAUUGGAUCUGAAUUUCUAAAUUCCUUAAUUCCUGAUAUUGAGGAUGGGAAAGGUGUGAGGUUGAGCUACGACAGUCGUACUAGUGUUGGACUUUUUCAAUCAUUCAGUGCAUCAGACUACAUCACUGCCCAAUGUAUAAGGGGAAUUGACUCCCCUUCGUGGCAUGUCUAUAAGCCAUCAAAAAAGGAACUUGAUCUCUUAAAUAGAGUGUGGUAUACUCUGGUUCCAUCUUCAAAUUUCUCUCUUCUUUACAAUGUACCAUAUUCUAGUUGUACCUUUAUUUCUGUUUAUCUCCUUUCUUUAGCUUACCUUCAGCAGCUUGCUGGAUUCGAAAGUAUACUGCGAAGAAUAAUGCACCAUCAUAUGGAGAUUUUCAAAAAGGUUGAUGUCAUAGUGACGCCAACAACUGGCAUGACAGCACCCAAAAUACCUACUAGUGCUCUUAGCUAUGGAGAGACAGAUAUGCAGGUUACAGGUUAUCUCAUGCGCUUUGUUGUUGCUGCAAAUCUUCUUGGUCUCCCUGCCAUUUCUAUCCCUGUUGGUUAUGAUAAACAAGGGCUUCCGAUAGGGUUGCAACUAAUCGGUCGGCCAUGGGGUGAAGCAACACUGUUGCGUUUAGCUUCUGCAGUAGAGGAACUAUGUGUUAAACCUAAGAAGCAGCCUGCAUCAUUUUAUGAUGUUUUGAAGACAAAAUAA